UUUUUUUUUUUUUCUUUUUCUUUUUCUUUUUAUCUUUUUUAUAAUCUUUUCCCUUGCCGUGCUGCUAGAGCUCUCAAGUUCUUGUUUCUACUUUCUCCUUUGUCAUCAACUGGGGCUACACCACAGUUGACCUGACCACACGACAACCUCUGCACUUUCCAAAAUAUCAAUAACUAUUUCAAAUCCAAUGCUUCCCUCUACUACUUCUUCCUCAUUCAUCAGUGUGUCUGUGCUUGACUAUGAGCCUGACCCUCAUCUCACACGUGCGACCUGCGCUGGCCCACAUCACGGGUCUUAGCCACGUGGCUCCAAGCGUGCGAACCCACCUUCCAAAUUCACUUCCCUAUAUUAAUAAUACUCAGCUUUCCCAGUCCCAUGACAAAAACAACAACAACAACGUAGUUAAAACCUCAGCAAUCGCUAUCAAAAUGGAACAAGAAUCCAUCGAUUCCGGCGAACUCCGCUCUCGUUUCCUCCAAACUUUGCUUAGCAGAAGAACCGCUCGAGUUCCGCUGUCAGUUGAGGUUGCAAAACCUGUGGCCAACCCUUUGUUUCAGGAUGAUCCCCCACGCUCUAGUGAGGCAAUGGAGUCUUGUCCUAAGGCAGACAUUACAGGGUUCACGGAUUUACUCAAGGAGGAAAACCUUUACUUAAUUACUGAGGCAGGAGAACAGGGACGCUUGCCUUUGUUGAUUUUAAGCAUGAAGGAUAACAAUCAUCAAAGAAAGCCUGCUGUUGUUUUUCUUCAUAGUACAAAUAAGAACAAAGAGUGGGUGAGGCCAUUGCUAGAGGCAUACGCUUCUCGGGGAUAUGUAGCCAUUGCCAUCGAUUCUCGCUACCAUGGUGAACGUGCCAGCAGUAAAACCACCUAUCGAGAUGCUCUUAUUUCAUCAUGGAAAAAAGGUGAUACAAUGCCAUUCAUAUUUGAUACAGUCUGGGACUUGAAAAGACUGGCAGAUUAUCUAGAGAAGAGGGAGGAUAUAGACCCUGCUAGAAUAGGAAUCACUGGUGAAUCACUUGGAGGUAUGCAUGCAUGGUUUGGUGCGUUUGCAGACACCCGCUAUGCAGUGGUUGUUCCUAUAAUUGGGGUUCAGGGGUUUCGAUGGGCCAUAGAGAAUGAUAAGUGGCAAGCUCGAGUUGACAGUAUAAAGCCUCUUUUUGAGGAAGCACGGAUUGAUUUAGGAAAGAGUGAGAUUGACAAAGAAGUGGUGGAGAAGGUUUGGGAUAGGAUUGCUCCUGGUCUAGACUCCCACUUUGAUUCACCUUACUCAAUUCCAGCUCUUGAACCACGUCCUCUGCUGAUUCUCAAUGGUGCUGAAGAUCCACGGUGUCCGCUUGCUGGUCUGAAAAUUCCUGAAUCAAGAGCAAGCAAGGUUUAUGGAGAGGCCAAUUCUUUGGAUAAGUUUAAGUUGAUUGCACAACCUGGAAUUGGCCACCAAAUGACAUCGCUGAUGGUAAAAGAAGCUAGCGAUUGGUUUGACAGGUUCUUCAAGAAAUAAACUGUAUUAUUAUAAUUAUUCUGUAUGUGGUAUCUCAUUAUAUUUACUUUGUCCUGUCUUUGGAUAUGUAUUUGAAAACCAUUGAGCUUUGGCUCAGUUGGUUCGAGUGAUGUAUGCAUUGUGUGUGGGGCCUGAUUUGAGUCUUGUAAAUGUAGUAUGGCGUUUGUACAAAAACUUAACAAUAUUAGUAAUGAAUAUUUCUAUGGAUCUCUGCAAUUUAUAGCUGAAUGCUAAAACUCUGCAUUGGUGAU